AUGGGGGAAAAGAAGUUAGUAGGAGCGUGCGACAUCUGUCACCGCCGCAAGAUCAAGUGCGACAUAUCUGUGACCGGUCCCCCGUGUACCCGCUGUAAAGAGCUGAACGUGGGACCUCAGUGCACUUUACACAAGCGUAAGAAGAAGACUGACAGGCUGACUAAUUUGAGUAUCCAUGAUCACUAUAUGAGCGCCGUGAGCGUAUCUCCCAAACGGUUUAUGAAGGCCACGAGUAAUUCCAGAGGUCCUCGUGUGAAUAUGGUGUUUUAUCCGACAGUUAGUGAGACUGCGUCCAAGUUUUACAAGAAUGUCGUUGGAUACGAGCCCCAACUCUCGGAUGUGGAUCUGAUGUAUUUGACCCAGCUCGGCUGCUUCAGUCUGCCCGGCACCGACGUGUGCUGGAAGUACCUGAACUACUACUUCUUGUAUAUAAACAAGUUUGGUCUGGUUGUGGACCAGUCCAACUUUGUGAAGAAGUAUCAAAAGCUUCCGGAAGGACCCUCGAUAGUUUUGCUGCAAUCCAUGCUGUGCAUGGGUUCCAUUUUGAAGAAGAGCUUGGUGGAGACGGAACAGGAGCGUGAACAGGAACACAGGUAUAUUGGCAUUUUUUACAAGAGAACCCGGGCUCUUCUGGCCGUCUCUGUGGAGCAGGAUCCGGUAGCCCUGGUCCAGACCUACAUGACGCUGGCGUGCAUUGCCGAGAUGACAGAACAUGCAAUGGAUACAAACAGUCGGUACUGGGUUCAGAAGGCGCACCAGGUCGCCAUGAACGCCGAGUUUUAUAGAGACCACCCGGAGUCGGACGAGUACGAGCGCAACAUUUACAGACGACUUUGGUGGGCCAUCUACAUCCGUGAUCGGAUGUACGUUUUCUGGUAUGGAGGUCCGUUCCUGGUGUCCAAGUCAGACACCAAGAUUACCAAGGAUUGUGAGGAGCUAUUCGUUCUAGAUCGGAUCAACAACGAAAGCCAGCAUUUUUUCAGAAACAUGAUCAGCAUUGCCGAGCUCAUCGACAUCACGCUCAGCAAGAGCCGUUCAUCCAAUGGUAAGAUUUAUUUAUUACGUGAUAUCCAGCAGUACGACAUGCUGGUCACCAAAUGGUUCGAAAGGCUUCCACCAACGUUUGUGUUCAAGCUCGACAAACCAAGCAGCCAGCGCAGCGAGGCUGCCACCAUCACGGUUUUCUACUACCUGCUACUCCUGACAUUGCAUCGAAUGGAUUUGCAACGCGAGUACAGAUCUCUCGGACCAGACCAAAGAGAACGGUACGAUAUCCAGAAUCAUCCGUCCUGGGGGAUGUCUUUCCAUUGUGCGUUCAUGAUCAGUCAGAUCCUGAACGUCUGGAUGAAGUCGCUGGACCACGCUCCGUGUUCAGAGGCGUACUUGCACUGUAUAUUGUCCAGCUCGUUUAUCAUGCUCUGCCAGUUGCAGAAUACAGAUCCGCAGAUCUCUCGGUUUGCAGACGACUGUGUCCGCACAAACCUUUCGCUUCUGGAGAUGUACAACAAGUAUCAUCUUCAGGGAAGAAUGGCUCACUAUUUGAUCACGCAGAUCUAUCACGACAAGGCCAAACAGACCAAGAUGCUGAAAUCGCUGCUGGACGUGGACAAAGAGCCGACUACCGGUCUUGCGCGGUUGCAGAACGAGAUCACGUCGAGUCUCGAACAGAGACUCGAAAAUCGACUUUUUGAGAGCUCAGACGACCAGAUCAAAAAGGAUACUGCAGCAAUUCGCGAGUUCAGACCGUUCCAGGCGCUUUCACAAAACUACUCUGAUUUCAUGAAGGACCCAACGUAUUCGAACACCAAUCCGGCCGAUCCAAUCAUCGACCCGCAGUCAAAAUCCGCCCAUAAUCCUCCUCCUCCUUUGACGCGCGAAACCUCCAAGGAACUGGUCACUGACUGGCUUGCGCGAAUCAGCAACCAGGACUCGUCAGACCUCAAAGACCUCGAGUUCUUCAAGUACCUUGGAUACCCGUCCGACCCACCAAGCACGGGCUCGAAAAACUUCCAGACAUCCGACUCCGAUACGCGCACCUCGUUCAGCAACUCAAAUACAAACUAUCUGCCCGACGCAGAAAAUCUGCCCGACUUUGACGAGCUGCUACAAAGUUUAUAA